CGCACCAUCCACCAUCGCGCACAGCGGCGUCGACGCGUGCACGUCGUGCACCAGUCGCGCACGACGACGCGCAUCGACGAGGCGCGUCGACCGCAUGACGGCGCCACGAGAAACGGCGUCGCGACGCUGUCGUCAGGCGGCGCCGGUCGCGAGGAAACGUGUACAGGGUGUACGGUGCGGUGCGAAACGAGCGGAUGGUGGGUAACCGAACGAGAAAGCAGCAGCGCCUCCGUCGCGUCGGUAUCCCCUAGGUCGACCUUUCGGUUGCCGCGCGUUUCACUCUCGACCGCUCCUAGAAACUCCGGAGACGAAGUUGAGUGCGAGUGCGAGCGCGCACACGCGCUCUUUUCGCGACUCUCGCUCCUACCCCGUCCUACCGUCACCUCCUCUCUCUCCUUCUUCCCGUUUCUCUUUCUGUCAUUCGUAUCUUUUCGCCUACUCCUCUGUCGCUUUCCUCGUCGGCACGCUCUCCCGGAGACAGUCUCGUACGUAGUCCUUGUCGCUCGUUCAUCUGGCUACACCCAGUUUUCGUCGCUCGAAUUGGGUUCCCCCCAGUGAGGACUCUGAUGCGAGAAUCCUAGCCUAAACAAUCCGGCCUACUAUCGGGGAGUACCCGGCGAGUGGAGACGCUUGCGCGGAUACACGCGUGUUCACGCGAUGCGUCGGUGCCCGUGUGUGUACGUGUGUGCGUGUCACCGUGCCGGUGCAAGACGAUCUAUCUUCCUCUCGCGUCAUUGUUAUUAUCGGUUUAUCGUUCUAACCACCCUGCUAGCGACUAAUUGAGCUCGGCGACGAGACCGUUUCUUGCAUGGCUGCCGUCUCGCACGUCGGCGAUCCUGUCAACACCCGUCAUCAUCGAGGAGACACUUUGAAGCCGGCAGCAACAGUAAUAAGGAGGUAUUUGCCGCAACGUUCGAUAUCUGAAAAAUACGAAAGAUCUGAACUAGUGAAGAUCUACAUGGAUGAACGAUUCUAAACUCUCAGGAUAUGCGCGGACUGACAAUUAAUUUCAUCGCACGAAUUGGAGUGAAUAAUUCAUGCAACGGGGAGAGAAUACCGAAGGAAGUGCAUAAUGUGACGAUUGUCCCAAAAUAAUUUAACGUAUAUACAAAAAAACCCUUCAUAUUCUACGUAUAUACAAAAAAAUUGCCUUCAUAUUCUACGAGCGAUAGUAUUUACUAAUGUCAGAAAACGAGCGAAUUCUGCGAAAUGCGCUCGAAUUCUGAAGGAAUAUGCUAAAACAUUAUCGUUCGCUCACGUAGACUCGCGUAAGAAUUUCUCGACUAGAGAACAUGGAGGAUAUAAAAGUGCCGAACCUAGGACAGGCCGCAUCGGCCGCAUGUUCUAUGGCGACCAAUUUCCUGGCGCCGGUGAAGACCGAGCGGCAGAUCUAUGAAAAUUCGAUGCUCGAGGAUGAUCCCAAUGCAAACUCAGUAGUGCCGACCUCGCAGGAAGACAGAACUGUGCCGAGAUGGGGUCCGAAUCACAAAGGUGCCCAAGAGCUCGCGAAUCUAUAUAGCACCGGAAAGAGAACACAAGAGUGUAUCUGUGUGGGGAUCUGUAUCACUCUGAUAGCUGUGAACUCUGUAUUCGUGCUCAUCAAAUUACGAUUAGAAAAUUUGAGUUCCAUAGCAAUAGCUGCAUUGUGCGGUAUUAUCACCGCCGAUUUUGGCUCCGGUUUGGUUCAUUGGGCCGCUGAUACCUGGGGAUCCGUUGAACUUCCAAUCCUGGGGAAGAAUUUUCUACGACCAUUUCGCGAGCAUCACAUAGAUCCUACCAGUAUAACGAGACACGAUUUCAUAGAAACUAAUGGCGAUAAUUUUAUGGUCGCGAUACCAGUCCUGUCUAAGCUCACGUGGGACUUUCUAACGUUGUCGGAAGUGGAAAUGCAACAACGAUUCGUGUGGACGUGUUAUUGGUUCCUGCUUGCCAUUUUUGUAGCAAUGACUAAUCAGAUACAUAAAUGGUCGCAUACGUAUUUCGGAUUACCUGGCUGGGUUAUAUGGCUUCAAGAGCUCAGAAUUAUCCUGCCGAGGAAGCAUCAUCGCGUACACCACGUCGCGCCCCACGAGACUUACUUUUGCAUCACUACGGGAUGGCUGAAUUGGCCUUUAGAAAAACUUCAAUUUUGGUACAUUUUGGAGGUGAUAAUCGAGUGGUCCACCGGUUACAAACCUAGAGCUGACGAUUUGAAAUGGGCGCAAAAACGUUCUUGA